GCGGUAACAGUAGUCAGUAUUCUCAGAGUAAUGCAGUAACAGUACUCAGUAUUCUCAGAGUAAUGUAGUCACAGUACUUCCUGGUUGUAUCAGUGUUCGUCAGGUAUAACCUGGGCCCAGGUGUGGCCAUGGAGCUGCAGGAGGAUGCGAGCGUGGCAGAGUUGAAGGAGGUGGUGGGGAGUCAGCAGGGAGUCCGACCUGACAACCUCAGGGUUCUGUUCGCUGGGAGGGAACUGAAGAACACCUCUACCCUGCAGGGCUGUGACCUCCCGGAGCAGAGUACAGUCCAUGUCGUCCUCCCUCUGUCAGGUUCCUCCUCCUCACAGCUCCUCCUCCUGCCGGAGCGCCUGGCUCAGGUUGAGGAGGAGGAGCAGAGCAGUUUGACCAGGGUGGACCUCAGCUCCUCGCGCCUCCCCUCCACCUCCUCUGGCCUGGCUGUGAUCCUGGAGGGGAGCGAUGGAGGAGGAGCCCAAGUAGCAGCAGGAGGAGGUGACAGGGGAGAAGAGGAGAUGAGAGAGGAGACAAGAGAGGAGGCACAGACUGCAAGCCUGGAAGGUCAGUGUCACUACUCCUGCU